AUGGCGACCGGUGAGAGGCAAUCAAAUCUCAUGUUGCUCAAGACGUCAUUGAUUCUGGACCAAGGCGACACACGCACGACUCGCCAAGAUCUUCGUGCCCAUCGGUUCGACUCGACAGUCCUUUCAGCGCUCUGUUACGCGUGGACAGACACCGCGGCCACGUCUAGGAAGCUACUUACUACCCACAGAGCCUUUGAGAGAUGUCUCCUGAAGUUUAACCGGCGCACACAACACCUUGCCGAUCUUCGUAUCUCCGACUUAAGAGGAAUGUCCCGUCUUCGCGACCCAGCGGAAUAUGUAUCGAAAGCAAAACAUAGAUGGGCCGGUCACAUGAGAAGAAUCGACGAUAGAUGGACUAAAAGAACGCUAGAGUGGAUCCCAAGGGACGCUAAACGCCCCCGAGGGAGACCGCCAACGAGAUGGGGUGACGUGUUCGCUGCACGGAUGGACCAGCUGAGAGCUCAGCUGGAUACGGCUCAAGGACUUCGUCAACGUCACUCACGAAGCUUGAGAACAUCUUGGAUGACAAUGGCGAGGGAACGAAACGAGUGGAAGAGAUGCUGGGGCCCGCACGUCCAGUGA